AUGUCUUAUGACUUAAUUAUUAUUGGUGCUGGACCAGCCGGAUUGACCGCGGCCAUUUAUGCCCGCCGAGCUCUCUUAAAAUGUCUAAUUUUGGAAAAAUACUUGUCAGGCGGAAAAUUAAAUAAAACUGAGGAUGUCGAUAAUUAUCCUGCUUUUACUUCCAUUAAGGGACCGGAUCUAGAAAAAAAGGAAAAAAAUUUUAUUAUUAAAACCAAUGAGGGAAACAAUUUUACUAGUAAGUCAGUAAUUAUUGCUUCGGGGGCAAUUGAAAAUAAACUAAGAAUUAAAGGAGAAAAGGAAUUGACUAAUCAUGGGGUUUCCAGUUGUGCAAUUUGCGACGGGUUUCUUUUUCGGGGUAAGGAAGUAGCAGUGGUGGGAGGAGGUUAUUCAGCCUUAGAAACGGCUUUGUAUAUGAGUAAUAUUGCCAGUCGGGUUUAUCUUAUUCACCGCCGGGAGACUUUUCGGUCGGAAAAAGAAAUCACCGAAAGAGCCAAAAACAACCCUAAAAUAACUUUUUUAUUGAACUCUAUUCUCACGGAAAUCCAAGGAGAAGAAAAGGUAGAAAAAGUUAUUAUUAGUAAUUUAUUAGAUAAUAAAAAAAGUGAAUUAGUAGUCAAUGCCGUUUUUCCUUGUAUCGGACUUUCUCCAUUCAGCAGUUUUACCCAUGAAUUAGGCAUUUGUGAUGGAGAAAGAUACAUUACUAUCAAAGAAGACUGCUCAACUUCGGUUCCUGGUUUAUUUGCCGCUG